AUGAAGUUUCAGAAUCCCCUGCAGAACCCCAGGUGCUCCUUGCCACCACAGACUGAACCUUGCAGCACCUUCUGCUGGCGUCAGUUCAAAUCAGGCAACCUGGAAAGCACAGGGGGAAAAAGCGCCACCAUCGCCAAUGACAAGCGAAGGAAGCAGCAGCGAGCAGGCUGGAGCAAGCUGUCCCUGCUCUUGGGUGCUGGAUGCCGACAGCAUGUGACGCAGGCGGAGCACUGCUGGGAUGAUAUGGAAUGUGACCAGUUGCCUGCAGAGGCCCUUCGACAGGUGAAAGUCCAGCGUCACCCUGUCUAUGGAUUCGGUUUUGUGGCCGGAAGUGAGAAGCCGGUGGUAGUUCGCUCGGUGACCUCAGGAGGGCCAUCAGAGGACAAGCUGUUGGCAGGUGACCAAAUUUUGGGCAUAAAUCACGAAGAUGUAAGUGACGCCCCCAGAGAAAGAGUGAUAGAACUUGUCAGAGGCGCCAAGGAGGCCCUGGUCCUUACAGUACUACAGACUCAUCAGUCUCCCAAGUCAGCCUUUAUCAGUGCAGCCAAAAAGGCAAAACUGCGGUCCAAUCCGGUGAAAGUUCGCUUUUCGGAGGACGUCACCAUUGGCGAGACUGAUCCAGACAUGCUGAGGAAGGAAGCCCUCCUCCUGAUUCCAAACGUGCUGAAGGUUUUCCUUGAGAACGGACAGAUCAAGUCCUUCACCUUUGAUGGCCGAACUACUGUCAAGGAUGUGAUGACAACCCUGCAGGAUCGGCUGUCCCUGAGGCAGAUCGAGCACUUCUCCCUGGUCCUGGAAUAUGCCAGUCCCGAACAAAGCCACAAGUUCCUCCUUCUGCAGGACAAACAGCCCCUGGCCCACGUGGUACAGAGGACGCACUACCAAGGAAUGCGAUGCCUCUUCCGGGUCAGUUUCUUUCCCAAAGACCCCGUGGAGCUGCUGCGAAGGGACCCGGCAGCCUUUGAGUACCUGUAUAUCCAGAGCCGCAAUGAUGUGAUCAGAGAGCGAUUUGGGAUGGAGCCCAAGCCGGAAAUGCUGCUCGACCUGACUGCCCUGCACAUCUACAUCACAGUUUCGGCCACACGGCCAAGCCAGAGAGUCUCUCUCAAAAGCGUAGAGAAGGAAUGGGGCCUGGAGCCUUUUCUGCCCCCCUCGCUGUUGCAAGGCACCAAGGACAAGAGCCUCCGGAAGGCCCUGUCUCAGCAGCUGAAGGCCCAUCAGAACCAGCCCCCCUGGGGCACCAAGAUCACCACCACCCAAGCGAAGCUCCACUACUUGCGCCUCCUGAAUGAGCUGCCCACCUUUGCAGGCGUCCUCUUCAGCACUGUGGGACUGGGUGAGAAACAGCCAGCCACCACCCUUCUGGUGGGGCCUCGCCAUGGCAUCAGCCACGUCAUCGAUCUGAAGACAAACCUCACCACCGUGCUGUCCGAGUUCAGCAAAGUCAGCAAGAUCCAGCUCUUCAGGGAGAACCAAGGGGUGGCCCGGGUGGAAACAAGCAUCCUGGACACCAAGCCUCUGGUGCUGCUAAUGGAAUGGCCAGAGGCCACCAACUUCACCUGCCUCAUUGCUGGCUACUGCCGCCUUCUGGUGGACUCCAAGCAGAUGAUCCUUUCCCGACCCACCAGUCAGCCACCAUCGCUUCCACUGACCAAGGCAGGUGCCCCGUUCCUCGGCCAUCAGCCUCUGGCACCAGCAGGGCACCUGGCUAGGAAGGAGAGCAGGCUCCUGGGAGGCUCUCUGCCCAGCCCCGCAGAUCCCCUGGGCUCGGAGCUCCUCAGUUUUUGCUACCUGCACCUGCGGGAGCGCAAGAAGGAGCCCAAGAGCAGGACUGACGUCAAUGAAAACCUGAUCCUCUCUGAGGAGUCCCGGCCCCGGACCAAAUCGGAUCCCACCUCCGAGAGCUCCGGGCAAGACUGCCAUGGGGCCGCCCAGGACUGUGAGCCCCACGGCCCAGAGCAGCAGUGCUGGGCCAACAGAGCCAGGGCGUUCACCCUGGACAGCCAGCAGGGCAGCCAGCCCCAGCACCUGUACUGUGACUCCUGCAAGGCCCAAGUCAAGCGCCUGCAGCCGGCCCCUCACCGAGGCGGCCAUCGUGGCCCCACACAGGACAACAUGGUGGACCUGACCUCCCUCCCCCCUCCAGGGAGCGAUGAAGAGGAGGAUGAAACCACCUCCCUUCUCCCCAUUGCUGCACCACCUCCCGGCUUCCAAGACAACAGCUCUGACGAGGACGACUCUAAACGCCGGGUGUCAGCAGCCGCCGCCGCCAUGGCAAAAGGGCAGGAGCCAGGACGCCAGCUCUGCAGCCUCCUGUAUGAGGAGAUUCCUGUGACGCUCAUAGAUAGCAUGCCAAUGCGGACAGUCCGAGAUCACGCCCAGGACCUGGACGAUGCUCUGGUCUCCACGCUGCAGGCCCUGGAAGCUCUGGCGGCCUCAGAAGAUGGUGCGGCCCCUCAGCCGCAGCAGACGGCAGGCCUCAUCGUUCUGGCUGCCAUCACCCCAGAGUCAUCAAUGGACUCCGGCCACGAAACCAACUCGUCUGAGAUCCCCGCCGUCCCUGAGAUUCUCGCCGCUGUGCAGCAACGCCAGAACGCUGCCUUCUUCCUGACUCAGCAGCUUAGCAAGGAAGGCCUCCUGGCCCGGAAGGACCUUCCUUUCCGCAUCCAGGCUGGUUGUGCCCACGGGCCGCCUUGGCAUCGAGAGCCAGACCCAACCUCAAAUGCCACCUGCACUACAAUCAAGCGAGAAAUGGAGAAAGGCUGUGCCCAGCCCUCACAGCAGACUGAGCUGCCCAAAGCCAAAGGCUCCUUCCCCUGUGGAGCAGCUGCAGCCCCACAAGCCGUCCCUGCCCUAGGAAACAGCCACCCGGAGAGUGGGCAGAGAGCAGCUCCUGUCCUGAUUGCACCAAGUCUGCAGUCAGUUGGCCACAAAGCCUCCCUUUCAGCCGCCGCCGCCGCCUUGCCCACUGAAGGCAGCACUGCCCCCUGGGGUCCCCAGGCCUGCUCUGCGGGCCGGCUGCCUCCCAGCCUUCCCUGCUCUCAGAAGCAGCCAAGCAGUGAGGCCUGCCAGUGGAACCCGGGACCCCCAGGCAGUCCCGGAAAAGUGGUUCCUCCUCCCCUGCCAGCAGCAGAAGAGGAGAAGCAGGCACCCCAGAGCUGCCAGCCAAAGGGAAGGCCAGAGUGGGCAGGGCAGCUGGGGGCAGAGGAACUCCUGGGCCAGGGAGAGGGUGCCAAGCCACCUGGCCAGAGAGAGACGCUCGUCAGCCAGGAGGAAACGGGACAGCACGAAACUGGUGCCAACAGCCGCAGCACCCUGAGGCCCCCAUCCUGCAAGAGUCCACAGGCUGUCAGCAGUCCCAGCGGGGAGACUCUGAAGGGGAAAGUCCCCCCAGGAGGUGCUCAGACCGGAAGCCUGCCCUCCGCUUCCAUGCUUUCAAAAAGGCCCGAAAAGGCGCUGGCCAUUACAGCACCAGACUCGGAUCUCCCGGCUAAGCCUAAAGUGCCCAAAGCAUCUUUCCACUUCAAGAGCCUCAUUUCUGCCACCUUCCCAACCCGACUCAGGAGAGAGACCGAUGAGCGGCAGGCUCAGCUGCAGAAAGUGAGGCAGUACGAGCUUGAAUUCCUGGAAGAGCUGCUUAAGCCAAAGGCCAGGAGAGACCCUGUGUCUCCGGAUCAUCUGGACCCCUCGGCCACGGGCCGCUGCACCUGCCAGGUCCGGACCAGCCCUGUGCAGACUGUGCCAGGGAUCUCCAGGGAACAGAGGCGGAGUUGUGACUGCAAGCGGCUCAGCCGAGGCACCAGGCCCCUGCCCGGCCAGCCAACGGCACCAGGCCCAGAGAGGCAGAGCAGGAGCAGAGAGCCGCCGCAGGCAGAAGGGCCAAGAAAGGCUGCCGCCGGAGCCCCUGCCAAGGGCAGCCGUAUCAGAUCCACCAGCCUGGAACUGAGAGGUUGCCGGCCUGGCCCUGAACACAGCCUGUCGUGCCUGACCACAUGUGCCUCUCCUGGGGAGUGCGUAGGAGCUCCGCACUACAAGAAGUUGAUGCGGCGUUACAGCGUCAGCGAAGUUGAAAAGACGGAGCAACCCUGCCCAAGUUCUCCAGGCUACCCAAGCCAUUACCUGCACAAGCUGAGGGAGACCCCUGCCCAAGCCCCUGCCUCCAAAGGUGAAAUGCAGGACCCCCACCCCACAGCAGCAGACCCCUCUUAUGUCGAAGUGACUGAGAAGAGCCAGAAAGGCGGUGCUGGGCUUCCUUUUCAGGAGGACAUCUAUCCGAGCCCUCCCAGACUGCCAGAGGAGGAUGGAGACAGGCAGAGGUGCUGCUCCUUUUGGUACUGCUUCUACUACAGGAAGUGCGACAUGGCUGAUGAUGAUGGGAGUGAAAAGGAUGAGCUUUCUUAUGCCAUUCCCAUGCAGAUCGUCCCAGAAGGGAAGGUCGGCCACCAGGCAAUCCCAGUGGUGAGCAGAACCCUCCAAGUCCUGGAUGCCAGUGUCUGCAGCUCUCCAGACAACCAGACCCAGGAGAUAGACCUGCGGAGCUCUUCCUUUGAGGGCAGCCUGGCCAAGAUCCACGCCCUGAAGGGCCGCACCUACACCUGGCCCAACGGGUUCCUGGCUGUGCAGCUGGACACCAGUGAACUCUUGACCAUCCUCCGGCAGUGCAUCGUGAGCCCCGAGGCCCAGGAAGGCAAAGCGGAUCUCCCUCAGUUGACUGGGUACAAGCAAGAGUUGGCCCUGAAGUUCAAGGACUUCCGGGCCUCCUGUCGCCGAGUGGCCGCGGUCAACAAGAGCCCAACCCACAUGCUGUCGGCCGUGAGCAGCAGCUUCCAAGUGCUGGGAGGCUUGAUCGAGACCUUCGUGCGGCUGGUGAACGUGCUGCGCUCGGGCUCGCAGCGCCGGGCACUCUUGGCCAAAGUGGAAGAGAUCGUGAGGAACUACACGUUCCUGUUGAGAGCUGCCGAGGAGUCCACCGCCCGAACCGCCCACCGAGGGGACCAGGAAGCCGAGCAGCUGAGCUCGGCGGCCUCCGUGGUGAACACGCUCACGCGCUCCCUGAAGACACUGAUGAGCAAGUAGAUCAGUGUCUGCGCCGGAGU